AUGGGUAGUCGCGCUAGUGUUCAACAAGCAAUACCUUCAUCGGUUGAAAUGGAACAUUACAAACUACAGUAUAUUGGUUCUUCUAAUUUUAUAGCUGAUAUCAAUACUGCUGAUCAUAUCUUCAAUCUUCACAACACUGAUGAUCAUGAAGACGAAUUUGAUUAUGCCGACUGUUGCGAUAUAUAUAACAGAACUUCUUAA